GUAAAACAAAAUUUUGUUUACAUUAUUUUCUGCUAUUGGAGUUAAAUUUUUUUUCGAGUGGUUAUAGUAUUAUUUAAGUUAUGAAAAUAUUUAGAUAUUUAUUUUGUUCAAUCGUUAUUGGACUUAACUAUGAUAUAGUGCUUGGACAACAAAAUCCAUCUAUAUCAUAUAUAACAAAGGAACAGUAUGCCAAUAUUGGUGAUACAAUUGAUCUUCAUUGUUCAGUGCAUUAUGCCUCUCAGUUUCCUGUCUUAUGGGUGAAAAUAGAUGACAAAGGUCAUACCUCGAUUAUUUCAAGUGGAAGUUCACAAAUUAUUCCUGAUCAACGUUAUUCCAUUCGUCAUGAUGAAGCCAGCAGUACUUAUACUUUACAGAUUACUAAAGUGCAAAAAGUUGAUACUGGGUUAUAUCAGUGUCAAGUCAUUAUUGGUUCAACUAGCAAGCUAACUGAAGAUUCUUGGGUUUAUGUCAGAAUUCCACCUGUAAUAUUGGACAAUAGUACCCAGACUGUUCAGACUACUUCUGGUGCAAAAGUAUUUUUGCAGUGCUAUGCUAUUGGUUACCCUGAGCCUAAAGUUUCAUGGAGGCGAGAGAAUAAUGAUAUUUUGCCUACUGGAGGUGUUGUGUACCGUGGGAAUAUUUUAGCCAUACAUAACAUUAGUAAACAUGACCGUGGAACAUAUUAUUGCAUUGCAGACAAUGGUGUAGGUAAGGGAGCUCGAAGGCAUGUUGGAGUAGAAGUUGAGUUUGCUCCUGUAGUAUACAUUCCUAAAGCUAGAUACAGGCAAGCCUUGGGAUAUGAUAUGGAUUUGUAUUGCCAAGUUGAAGCUUAUCCUGAACCAUCCAUUCUUUGGUUAAAAGACCAGCAUCAGAUAUUUGAUAAUCAGCGUGAACAUUUUAUCACUACAUUUAGUUCAGAAUCUGGUUUUCUUGAGACAAAACUGCGAGUUGCUGAAAUUGAAGAAGAUGAUUAUGGUGUUUACACUUGUAAAGCUAUAAACAAACUUGGACAUGAUCAGAAGUACAUUACACUUGAAGAAUCCUACCAAAUAGAAUGUCCACCUGUGUGUGGCCUCACUGGUACAAGUUCCAACUUCCACAGUCAUUCCAUUUUAAUGAUCUCAUGCAGUCUUACAUUUAGUGUAAUUUUCAUGAUUAGUAAGAAUUUCAGAAAUAUUUUAUAAAGAAACACAUUUUUAUACAUUUAUAUAUAUUGUGUUUGGUGAGCAUACUUUAAAAUAUGACUCUUUUAUGAGAGGUUUGGAGCAAUAUAUAUUUUAAAAGGAAACUGGUGUAUGCUUAUUCUGCUGUAAAUACAUUUCACCAUCUCUCUAUGAAAGUAUAUUUUUAAUUUUUUAAUAUAAUGUUUUAUGAAGGCUAGGCUUCAGUUCCUGGAUAUAAUAUUUAUUAACAGCCAUUUGUUUAAAAAU